AUGGGACUGGUCAACGCUCAAACAGCCCUUGUAGCGGCUGCCAUCUCUCUCCUGAUGUAUGCUAUCUUUUUCCAGCCAAAGUUGAGAAGGAAUGGCGCCCCAUUACGACGUCCUCCCAAUACCCUGCCACUCGCUGGAAAUGGCAUCAAUUUCCUCAGAGACCGGCAUAAGCUAUUUGAAUGGUUCACCAAGUGUGAACGACUCUAUGGCUAUGAAACGCUGCAAAUAUCCGUUCCCACUCUACCUCCAGGGGUUAUUAUCAGCGAUCCCGAGAACCUAGAUUAUGUCUUCAAGAACGAGGGCAUUUUUGCCAAGGGCGAGUUUUUCAAGAGGAGAUCUAAGGACUUGUUUGGUAAUGGCAUCAUCAAUGUUGAUGGUGAGUUGUGGAGGGUUCAGCGGAAGGCUGGCCUCAACUUCCUCAAUACAACAAACCUGAGAGUCCUGACAGACGUGGCGCUGCCACAAUAUCUAUCUCAGAGUUUGGCCUACCUGAAGAGCCAGGCCAACAAUGAUGUUGUUGAUUUACAAGCUGUCUUUCACGAAAUAACGACCCAGCUCAUGGGCAAGAUGGCCUACAACAUGGAAAUGCACGCAGAAGAUAAAUUCAGCCUGGCUUUUGAUUAUGCAUCUGGAGCAACUGCCAAACGGUUCCAAAAUCCCUUUUGGCGUCUCACGGAGCUCUUCACCGAAGGCCGUCUGAGGAAUUCCAUCUCUGUUGUCAAAUCCUUUGGACAGAGCAUAGUUUGCAGUGCGAUGAGAGGCAGACGAGGGUCUCCCAAAACCGCGCUUUAUGUAUCAAAAGACCUAGAAAGCGACAGACUUAACGAUAUAUCCGGCAGUCUGAUCCAGUCAUUUCUAGACAUAAUCGGAGACGAGCAGCUGGUCGCCGAUGCCGCGCUGAAUUACCUCUCUGCGGGCAAAGAUACCACAGCGCAGGCUCUUACGUGGACAUUCUACUUGCUUAUGCAACAUCCCCAGGUUGUGGUGAAGAUCCGUGAGGAAGUUGACCGCAUCAAAGAGGAUGGGGAGGACACCCUCGAGAAAGCCAUAGCGGAACGGGGUAACCCGAACGCGAUGCCCUAUGUCUUCUCGACGUUCUGCGAAGCGCUGCGCAUCUUCCCACCCAUCCCUUUCGAGAUCAAACAGGCCGUCCAGGCGACAACGCUUCCGGAUGGUACCUUUCUACCCCAAGAUUCUGUCAUCGUCUGGUGCACCUGGGCGAUGAACCGCUCGCGCACGACUUGGGGUCCUGAUGCGGACCAGUUCCGGCCGGAGCGAUGGCUGGUUGAUGGAAAAGUUAUCAAAAAGAGUACCUCCGAGUUCCCCGUCUUCAAUGGCGGGCCAAGGACGUGUUUGGGGAAGAAGAUGGCCGAGAUCAUUGCUGUACAAGUGAUUGCGACCGUGGCUGGUCUGUUUGAUUGCGUCAGAGUUGACGACUCGACCAGGGUCAGCAAGAGCAGUCUUACGUUGCCAAUGAAAAAUGGCCUGCCUUGUUUUGUGCGCCCUAGGUCUGAUGUCUAA